AUGAUGGGCACCCAGAAAUCGAAUUUUGUGGAAAAUAAGAACCGAACCGAAUCGCCGGUUCUACCGGUUGCGGUUCCAAUCAGUUUUUGUCGUGUCUUCAAUGUUGGAACCAAUUUGUCCUCGAGAAAUAGCAACAUAUGGUUCCGGUUUAUCGGUUCCUACCGGCUCUUGGUUCCAAAAAUUCACAAAAAUAUCGUCACGAUCCCAGUCCUAUCAGUUCUAUCCGGUUCCGGUUCCGAAACCAAUUUCGACCGACCUAAACCCACCCCCGCUGAUAACGAGUAUUUGAGCAUACGAUCACCAUCUUCCCAUCGUCAUCGCUGCACCAUCACGACACCAUCGUCUAGAUCGUUGCCACCGUCUUCUAGUUCGUCGCCACUACACAAUCACACCACCGCACAAUCACACUCCCGCACUCCACAUUGUCAUCUCCUUACGCCAUCGUCGGUGUUGUAUUUUUUUAACAACAUCGUCAUCUCCUUAGUCCAACUCUUGUAUACAGGAUGGGUAGGCAUAAGAGGUUAUGCAUCACCUCAAUUGAUAUACGUAUUGAUAAUGAGAUUAAUGAUCAAAGUUCUGAGCUUUCUACAACUGAAGGAGAUCAAUCAGGUCAUCCACAAACUACUGAAGGAGGCUAGUCUACUACUAAAGAACACAACUCUACUGAAAGAGAUCAAUCAGGUCAAUCAGAAUCUCAGUCUAAUCAGCGAUCAAAUUGGAGCUGGAAGUUGGAACCAUCAGGAAUAUACUCGGUCUCUUCCCUACGGAUUUUGA